CUGGCAAUGCAGUGUCUCGGCAAUCUGCAAAGCACACACCGGCGCCCAAGCCGCUUAGUCCUGGGCGCCUCCACCAGUCCUCCGCAGUUCAGUUGCAGUUGGUGGGUUGAUCUGGCCCUUUCUAGGUGCAGACCUCGGACGCAGCUCCAGGUUUCCCUGGAAGGGCGUGGAGAAGGACCCCUGCUUGCAGAGACAGGGGUUCCAGACCCAGAACUGCCUGCUGGGAGGAAGAUAUCUCUGACUUGGAGCCUAAGCCGGCUCUCUCAACUUUCGAUGGCUUGUGGAGGUUCCUGGCUUCCCUCCAUCUCAAGAGCAGCCUGUGGCAGACAGCUGGAGAAGAUUCGAGAGGAAGGUGACGUCCGUGUGACCAAGGCGGAGAGGAGAUACAGUGGUACCCGCGAUGAUCUCCCAGAGUCCAAGGGACGCUCUGUGAACGCGACGUACCCCAGCAGGGGCGCCAGCCCCUCACCUUCUGCAGGGACAGGUUGGACAGGCAGUGAGCCUCCAGGCCUCCUCGGAGCAUGUGCUCAGCUGGCCACCGCUGUGCAGCCGAGCCGGAAGUCCUCCUCCUCCUCCUGCUCCUCCUGCUCCUCCUCCUCACACUCCCAUCAGUCCCCGGAAGCCUUAGUGCUGGAGGUCCACAACGCUCAGCAGCCUGAAGAGUUCAGCCUAGUCAGGCUGCAGACAAAAGAUGGGCAGCGACCCGAGUGGACGUUUUACCCAAGGUUCAGCAGCAAUAUCCACACCUACCAUGUCGGGAAGCAGUGCUUCUUCAAUGGGGUCUUCCUGGGCAACAGGAGGUCUGUGUCUGAGUGGACGGUAGACAAGCGCCUCGGGAGGAAGAGAUACGAUAUCGAUCCCAGGAAUGGAAUCCCAAAGUCCGCCCCAGGGGACAAUCCAUAUAUGUCCCCGGAACAGAGUAAAGGCUUCUACCACGCAGGGUCUACUCUGCCGCCAGUGAAUUUUUCUUUAGUGCCAUACCAGAAGAAGUUUGACACAUUUAUUCCACUUGAGCCUCUACCAACAACUCCCAGCUUGCCUUUCUGGGUGAAGGAGAAGGCCAACCAUCUGAAGAAUGAGAUAAGGGAAGUCGAGGAGCUGGAUAACUGGCAGCCAGCAGCGCCCUUAGUGCGGGGUUUAUUUCCUUCUGGUGCGUCAAAGAACCUUCAAAAAAUAAUAUGAACGCUAGCGGCAUCCGGAAGAGCAGGAUUUUGAGAGGCUUUACCUGGAGAUGUGACCUCUGCCUUGAGUGGUCCCCAGGGCAGAUGUGGUGGCUGUUCAUUCACAGUCAUGUGUACUGGCUGGUGACAGUCAUGCGGGAGAUGCCACCUCUAACCCCGUCCCUCUAUCUGCAGGUGUGGACCUUCCCAGGCAAACCUGAGCAGACUUGCUGCCUCACCGUGGUGAGCCUCUUCCAGUGGCUGGGGCUGACCAUGUAACCAUUCUUAAAUAAAUAUUGAAAGAAUCA